AUGGUCUGUUCGUCUCAACCUUCUACAAACUGCCACAACACAUACUCUGGCGAUACAUACUACCUCAAUCAUAAGGUUGUCCGGAUUGUGAUGAUUGGGAAAACUGGAGCUGGGAAGAGCGCCACAGGAAACACCAUUUUGGGAAAACAGUACUUUAAAUCAAAGUUUUCUUUUGAAUCUCUGACUAAAGACUGUGCUAAGGCCUUUGGGGAAGUGGAAGGACAAAAGGUUGCUGUCAUUGACACUCCAAGUCUGUUUGACACCAGCACUGAUGAAGAGAAGACCAGAAAAUAUAUUGUUCAGAGCAUUGUUUUUGCUGCUCCUGGACCUCAUAUCUUCCUGGUCGUCAUCAGACUGGACAGAUUCACAGAUGAAGAAAAGCAGACAGUGAAGAAGAUUCAGGAAAUCUUUGGAGGGGAAGCAGACAGAUACAGCAUGGUCCUCUUUACCCAUGGUGAUCUGCUCAAAGGGAAACCUAUUGGCGAGUUCCUGAAACACAGCAAAAAGCUGCAGGAACUUGUGAACAGAUGUAACGGUCAAUACCACGUCUUCAAUAAUUCCCUGAAGGAUCGUUCUCAGGUCAGAGAGCUGCUCGACAAGAUCAGAAAUAUAGCAGAGAAGAACGGAGGAAGCCAUUACACCAAUGAAAUGUUCCAAAAGGCAGAGAGGGCCAUAGUAGUGGUGAAACAGAGAAUCCUUACAGAGAGAGAAGAGGAAAUGCGCUUAGAGCGGGAGGAAAUGGAGAAGGAAAUAUUGGAUAAGUAUGAGAAACAAAUGAAGGAAAUGAAAGAUGACAGAGAGAGAGGCAAGGCGGACAACGCAAAACACAGUGGAAAACAGCGGAAAGAAACACAGCGGCUGAGAGAGAGCAGCAGUGGACCUGCAAAUACUGUGGAAAUGGACACAAACGGGGCAGAGAGCAGUGCCCAGCCUAUGUGCAAGCUUGAUGAGGAAAGCAGGCGCUUGACGACAUUCUGGACGCCAUGGGGUCAGAUGAGAUGGCUCAAACUCCCGUUUGGAGUCUCAGUGGCGCCAGACAUCUAUCAGCGCAAGCAACAUGAGCUGCUAUCAGGCCUGGCUGGCAUCGAGCCUAUUGCGGAUGACAUCCUGGUGGUCGGGUGUGGCGAUACGGACGCAGAGGCUGAAGAGGACCACAACAUCAACUUAAGAGCUCUCAUGCAACGGUGCAGGGCUGUGAAGCUCAGAUUGAGUGAACGCAAGCUGCAGUUCAAGCUCAAAGCUGUACAUUUCCACGGCCAUGUACUGUCUACAGAAGGACUGAAAAUCGACCCAGAGAAAACUCAAGCAGUGUUGGACAUGCCGACGCCCACGGAUGCUAAGGCAGUGCAACGCAUGAUCGGGUUUGUGACAUAUCUGGCUAAGUUCCUGCCAAGGCUAUCGGAGAUCUGUGAGCCUCUUCACAGAGACCAGACUCCUGGAUAA